ACAAAACCCUAGCCAGAACUAGUGAAAAUGAAGACACAAAACCUCUCUCUCAUACUCUGUCUCCUCACUCUCCUAUCAAUCUCAAUCUCCGCCGCCACAGCUGCCUCCGGUUGCAACCGCAAUCGCACCCGUAGCCGCAACAGCAACAGCUGCAAAACCUGCGUUUCGGAGCAGCUGAAUUACGGCUGCCCAAAGUGCGUUCCGCUGCUACGCUGCAUGGCUCGGUGCCUUUGGGGAGGUGGGUCCCAGAGGAAAUGCACCGCGACUUGCGGUUGCGACGCUGCCGCUGCGGUCAAGCCGUCGCUUUCCGACUGCAAGCGUUGCGUUUCGAGGUGCAAGUGUAGUUGUAUUGCUUAGAAUUUGAUUGGUCAUGAGUGUUGUGUAUGUAUCAACCCGUUCGUUAUAUAUGAAUAAACAUGUAAUAAGAGUGUUUAGUAUAAAGUUUCUGACUACGCAUGCUAUAUAUUUCACUUACUUGAAAAUC